GCUCUUUAGUUAUUACUUAUUUUCGUUUUCCACUGUCGAGUGUCGACUCGACUAUAUUGACUAUAGACAUUUAGACGUCUGUUACUCUAGUGUUUGAGUGUUUCACGUCUGAACUCUGAAGUGUAAAUAACCACAUCGCGAUAAUUUAUGUCCUGCAGACCCGCUCAAUACUACGACAAUGGCCUUUUGGUAUUUCGACAAGGAUGAGCUGCACCGGACCGCUUCGGCUCAGGAUGGCAUACCACAUGAGAGGGAGUCCCGGUACCGUCAAGAAGGGGCAAGGUUCAUCAUAGACGCUGGUACGAAGAUGGACUUGGGCUACAAUACGAUGGCCACUGGUGUCGUUUACUUCCAUCGUUUUUACAUGUAUCAUUCGUUCAAAACGUUUCCUAGAUAUCUCACAGCAUGCUGUUGCCUUUUUCUUGCGGGUAAAGUUGAAGAAACACCUAAGAAAUGUAAAGACAUAAUAAAGUUGGCUAAAGCAAUAUUACCCGAGGAAAAAUACGAAACCCUUGGAUUAGACCCCAAGGAAGAAGUAAUGGUGCUCGAACGUAUAUUGUUGCAAACAAUUAAAUUUGAUCUGCAGGUUGAUCAUCCAUAUCAGUUUUUAUUAAAGUAUGCUAAAUGUUUAAAAGGUGAUAAGACUAAACUAACUAAAAUGGUUCAAAUGGCUUGGACAUUUGUAAAUGAUAGCUUAUGUACAACACUUUGUCUUCAGUGGGAACCAGAGAUUAUUGCAGUUUCAUUAAUAUAUUUAGCAUGUAAACUGAGUAAAUUUGAACUCAACGAUUGGCAGGGUCGUACGCCAAAUCAUUUACGUUGGUGGGAUAUGUUUGUUCAAGGAAUGAAUAUGGAUUUGCUUGAAGAUAUUUGUCAUCAAGUUCUGGAUCUUUAUUCAACUCCAGACAAAAAUGCACCACCAUCACCUCCAUGCCAAGAAAAAUUUAUAGUACCCAAAAAAGUUAUACCCCCACAGUCCAUUUAUCAGAAAUUAUUGUUGCAAAAAAUGGCUGCUAAAUACAUGCUUACACCUGAACAAGCGAUGCAAGCAGCUAUAACGAAAAAUGUUAAAUUGAUUACAACGCCAAAUACCUUGCCAGUCAAGCAAUUAUUACCCAUGCCACCAGGAAUUAAACAAUCAAUUUCUAAUGUUCCACCAAAACCACAAAAUGUUCAAAAACCAUUUUUACCGCCACCUCCCACACCACCUAAAUUAUUAUUCUCACAGUCACCCUUAAAACGACCACCCCCACUUCCAUCAACAAGACCGCCACUGCCUACAAUGCCACCACCGCCACCUCCUCCAACACUUCCACCCCCUCCACCAACACAAAAUCAAAUGUUGAUCCCUCCAGGUGUUACACAAUUGCCACCACCACCCAUGCAACCACCACCACCAAUACCUCCAGCGGGCUUUCCUAUGUACCCUUAUCCUCCACUUCAAAAUACAGGUCAAUCGUUUCCGAACUCUAUAUAUUCUCAGCCUCCGAAUCUGAUAUCUUCAGUGCCUGGGCAAUAUCGCUCACAUGAAACGAUGGCUUCAAUUCAGUUCAUGGGCGAAUCUGUUCCUCCUCCGAGACAGUCUUAUAGUGAAAAUUACAAUCAAAGAGAAAACAUGACUCAGCAAUCAACGCAGCCAUUCAGUGAUUUUGAAACUCAAGAUACAUAUGAAGAAAGCAGACUAAAAUACAUUGAGAGUCGUGCGUUUAGUCGAGAUAGUGCUUUUCCUGGUGGAAGCUAUGGAAAUGGAUCUCAACAUUUCGUAGAUGGUGGUGGUCCACAUUUUAGCAGUGAAAGUGGUCAGCAUUAUGUCGAUAGUGGAAGUCAACUCUUCCAUUCAGACCCUGCUUAUCUACAGUUUAGAGGAAAUCCGCCAAAUAAACGUGGUUUUAAUACCAGAACUAAUCGACCUCCACCUCCACCACCACAAUACCAAAACAGACAAGUUCGGCAUCAUCCAUAUCAAAGACGAUAGUGUUGCUCUUUUAUAUAUGUAUAUGUACAGUUAAAGGUAAUUUAGCACUUAUCAUAGACAAAUAUUUUUAAGAUUUCAGAUGUAUUCUGUAUGCAUGUGCUCUGAUUAUUAGAACUUAGGUAUAUUAUACCUAAUAAUAUACUCCGUCAACUUUUCUCCCACUAUUAUAGGAUACUUCUGUUUUAGUUAAUGACUGAAAUGUAAGCGACUUAAUUCUACAAUUAUGAAAUAUGUAAAUAGGUUAAAUUUACAUUCAUUUUUAAUACAGUUAUAACUGGUGUUUUUAAAUUGUUUAUAUUCUUAUAUAAUUUUUAUAUACAAGUGUCAAAUGGUUACUUACGGGCACAAUUAAUGAAAUUUUUUAAUCGUGCUUAUGGGUGAGAUUUAUCUGUAUUGAUGUAAUCACUAGUCUGAAAGUUAGAUACUUGCGUUUAUUGACCAAUGAUGUAAAUUGUUUUACAUAAGUAAUAACUGUGUUGAUGGUGGCAGAGUAUGAAUGUGUGCUGUAAUAAAUCAUAUUGAAAAUAUAUUGUAUUAA